GUUCAUCGAUCAGUGUGGUGUGUCGCGUUGUUGCUCCGGUGGAUUUUUUGGUGGUUUGUUCCUGGCUGGGACGGUACGCGUAUUUUUUUCGUUUGGUUUUCUAGAGGCAACGCGGUGAUUACCCGAGGGGCUCUUGAACGGGCCCAGGAAUAAACAUAGGAAAGAUGCAACCGAGGAUAUACUGGAUUCUGAUCAGCACGGCCGUCAUUCUCGCGGGAUGCAACGCCGCUACCGAGAAGGAUCAAAAGGAGAAGGAGAUAACGGCGGAAGAUUCGACACACAUCUCAGAGGACGAUCUUUAUCUAGAAGAUCAGCAGGAUCCUUUGGAAGGUUCUGGACGAAGUGGUAACGAAGAUCACGACGACCUUGAAUCAUCCGGAAGUGGCCUUGGUCCCGACGACGAAGACGGUGAUGACGGUUCUGACGGCGACAAUAGGAUAGAAUCGACACCCAACAAGCCACCAGAACCUAAAGCACCAUACUCUGUCGACGAGCCAAGUGUUAAAACUAAAGAACAGAACGUCGAGACUGGAAACCAACCCGACGACGAGGGCGGUAUAGACGAGUCCGAUGACGGGGACGACCACUUGAAGCACGACGACAUUCACGGCGUUUACAUGAACCCGAAACACGAGGACCGUGCUAGCUCCUUCUUUGCUCAGCCAGGUGUAUUAGCAGCCGUGAUCGGUGGCGCAGUAGUUGGCCUGCUCUGUGCGAUCCUGGUGGUGAUGUUCAUCGUGUACAGAAUGCGCAAGAAGGACGAGGGCUCGUACGCCCUCGACGAGCCAAGAAGAUCCCCAGCAGCGCAGGCGUUCCCUAAGCCGGGCGCGCCGCAUCACAAUCGAGAGUUCUACGCUUGAGGCGACAAAGCUUAUCAGGCUUUGAUACCGCCCAGUUUUGUCCCACGAUACUACGCCGAGAAAGACGAUGUCCUUCGACCGAAUUAAGCGCCGACGCCGACGAUACGACACAUCCAGAACCUCCCACGAGGAGUCUCGUGAAACUCCUCGUGCACUGACCGCAGGGAGACUUCUUUCAUAUGGGGCAACGUCGUCCUUUGUUUUCUCUUUGAUCCUUCGAUCACACGUGUUCCCUGCCUUCGAUUCUCGUUUAAUAACCGAGCUGUUUUAAUGACAUUUUAUCGCUUUCCGAAAGUGGGGCGUUUCUUAAAUCCACAGUAUUUUCCUACUCAGGCUACUCAUCAAGAGUAGGAUAGCGGGUUAAGUAUCGCCCCAUCUCUAAGAGUACAACGUUAAUCUUUCUUUCAUUUGUAAAGCAACAUAAGUUUCAUUUUGUUUAGUCUGUUCUGUAGAUUUUUUCGGUGUUCUGCCUAUGGGUAUCGUGUGCUUGUUCGAGCAAUAGAGAAAAGAACGAUGGCUGAUGAACCGCCCCUAUUGAAUACUCGUCGGCAAGAUCGGGCCAAUUCCAGAUGCAUUUACAGCGUGUGUAUUUAAAGCGUGUAUGUAUUCGUGCGUACGUAUACGCCUCUCCCCCCCUGUACAGAACUGAGAGCGCGAAAAUUCGUGGGCGAUAAACGCUGCUGGUAUAUCGUUAAUCAUUCUGCCUCGGUGGAAGGAGGGAAAGGAAGAAGGAUCGUUGCGCCACCGUGAUUUCUCUUCGACGCCAAUCCUGUGAACCGCGACCUCGUUUAUCAGCGUUUCCUCUUUGUACCCGCUUUUUUUCCUGUCUUCGUUUCCUUUUUUCUACCUAUUUAACGAUCGGUUCCAUGACUUUUAGAGGCGUUUUUAACACUUUGACCAUAGGGCACUUAACCCCCUGGCUUUUUCUCUCUUUUCUCCAGCUUGAAUUUCGUAGAAUCUCACCAUGUUUUUGCUCUUAUUUCUUGUAAUUGUAUUUUGUAAUAUUCUUCGUUCUUAGGAUGGUUGUAAUUUAUUCUGAUCGCUAAUUUGAGGAAACUAACGGUAGUAUCUUAAGGAAACUCUACAGUUAGAGAAUAUAGAAUUUGUCUUAGACAGCAAUGACUCUAUAUGGGAUGAACACUGAUUAGGUAAAAUUGUAAUUUAAGGUUCUUAAUUUUUUAAAAAUCAUUGAUAUACCUAAAAUACGAUGUAGAGUAAUUAAAUCAUUGAUUAAAUGUUGUACGAUAAGCGAUCGUAACGUUUGCAUUUCUGGUAAAGGCAAACAGUAUCGAGACUGCUACCAGUUCGCUGAAAAGUGUUGUGAAAAACAAAAUCUGAAACAUACUACGUCGAUAAUUAGUUUUAAAUGAUUCGAAUUCACGUAUUCGGGUCCUUAUAUUUUAAAUCGUAUUAAUUGUAGCGUAAUCAUCAUCUCUGAUGUUACAUAUCUAUAUUUAAUCAAGUUAAGCCGACUCGCAGUUCAACGUUUGAGAUGUUUUCUCCUUCGUUCUUUUUUUUUCUUCUAUUUAUGAAAAAUGAUUUAUUUGUAGAUAUUGGAAGUAUAAAGCUUAUACUUCCACGAUUGGAAUAUUAAUUCUAAUUUAUUUAUAAAUUAUACUUAACUGAAACUUCUAAAAACCACGAAGAAGAUUACAUGUUCAAACAUAAUCAUUCUAGUUGUAACUUCAAUUGAAAAAUUUACGUUUCAUGUAAGUUAGACACAUUUGCAUGUUUCAGUCGGUAGGUUGUCACGGUAAAGGGUUAAACCGAAGCCUCGAAGCGGAAAUAUCCUGAUCGAACGCGGUUGUAUCGAUUGCCAUGCACUUAGCGAAUUAAAAAAACUCUCAACGUGCCAUUUUAAGCACAGUAAGCGACCAACAACGUUACUUUUUUUUUUCUCUCUUUUUCACAACCGAUCGCUCGAUCCUCCGCCGAGGCUGAAGAAAUAGUUACGGUUUACCCGCGACAUCUACGAAGAAAAGAAAAAUACCACAAGAAAAACCGUGAAGCACAACGCAUUCUUAAUGUCAUUCCCUUCUUCCACCGGUAAAUUAAGAAACAUCUUAUUAUAUCUUAAGGAGAAAGGCUUCUUCUGCUGGUCGAAAGAGAUUCUAUUUGCCAUGAGACAAGAAAGACAUUUAAAUUUCCCGCGUGUACGCAGGAGGAACAUUUCUCUUUCCGAUUUCUGAAAGAAACACGUGCGUAUACAAGUUCAUAUACGUACAUGAUUAUUCGUCUCUGGCUGAGAGACACGCAUAUGCCAUACUAAAAAAAAAGAAAAAGGAGAAAAGCGAAA